AUGUUCCUAUGGGCAUACAGAGGCAGCGUCAGACCUUUCGUCAACUUCAAUGCCAAACAUGAUGCUGAAAUCCUCCAUAAAGCCAUGAAAGGAAUCGGCACUGAUGAAGAUGUGAUCUUGAUGCUUCUGACGGCACGCAGCAACGAUCAACGCCAGCAAAUUAAAGCAGCGUACAAAAAGGCAUAUGGAAAGGAUUUGGUCAGUGCACUGAAAUCGGAGCUUGGUGGGUUGUUUGAGAGUCUGAUUGUGGCCUUGAUGACCCCGCCUGUCUUAUACGAUGCCUCCCAACUACACAAGGCUCUCAAGGGUGCAGGGACUGAUGACGAAGUGCUGAUUGAGAUCCUGGCAUCCAGGACCGGCGAACAGAUUAAAGAUAUCGUCAAAGUGUACAAGAAAGAGUUCAGCAGCAAACUGGAGAAAGAUAUCUGCAGUGACACUUCAGGGCACUAUCAGAAACUACUAGUGAUCCUCCUGCAGGGGAGCAGGGAGGAGGGAGUAGACGAGGAAAAGAUUGAGAAAGACGCCAAGAACUUGUAUGCUGCCGGAGAGGGAAAGUUUGGCACAGAUGAGGAAAAAUUCAUCACAAUUCUUGGCAACAGGAGCGCUGAGCAUCUCAGAAAAGUGUUUGAUGCCUACAAGAAGCUCUCAGGCUCGGACAUAGAGGACAGCAUUGAAGGAGAGACCACUGGGAAUCUGGAGAACUUACUGCUCGCCGUGGUGAAAUGUGCCAGGAGUGUCCCAGCUUUUUUUGCUGAAUCUCUGUAUAAAUCCAUGAGGCGCGCUGGAACUGAUGAUGGCACCCUGAUGAGAAUAAUGGUGUCGAGGAGCGAAGAGGACAUGCUGGACAUAAGAGUCAACUUCAAAAAGAACUAUGAAGUCUCUCUCUACUCCACCAUCCAGGAGGACACCAGUGGAGAUUACCAGAAGGCUUUACGCUACCUCUGUGGUGGAAAUGAUUAA